AGUGAAGGCAGAGUGGUCACAUUCAGCUUUGACUGAGAGCUCGACAGUUACCGCUGGAUUGUUCUUGGAAUACAAUCAUGAAACUGCUUCAGGAUUCAGAGGACGCAAAGGCCAAAAGAAAGAGUCUCAAACCUCAGGUGGAGAGACGUCGGAGAGAGCGAAUGAACCGCAGCCUGGAGAGCCUGAAGACUCUUUUGCUGAAGCGACAGGAAGGGACUGAGCGCAGAGUGGAGAAAGCCGAGAUACUUGAGCACACAGUCCUCUUCCUGCAGAACACAGGAGACCGGACGGGCGCUGAAGGUGUUGGUGGAGGCCAGAAAUACUCCUUCCAGGACGGGUUCUCAACCUGCCUGCAGAGAGCUGCUCAGUUCCUGGGACCUGAAGGGAAAGGCCUGUGGCUUGGAGCAUCGCUGGAGGCAUCUGUUGCUGCUGCUCGCUUCUCUCAUUCAGACUCUGCAGGCGACCAAAGGAGAACUGAAGCUCUUUCCUCGUCCAGGUCUCAGCUUCUCAAAAAGUCCUCCAGGUCCAUCCUUCAGUUGCUUAUACAGAAGUCCGGACACACACUGUGCAGGUCUGCUCUCACCGCUCAGAACCGCGGAGAGUCACAUCGCUCUUCCACAACCCCUCAGCAGCCCCACACAGUGGCGAGUCGAACGAGCAAACAGAGCCCGUCCAGGAGCCAACCGGUCAGCCAGUCACUGUGGAGGCCCUGGCCCUGA